UUUAACAAGCCCAGGAGAUUUGACAUUUGUUUGUUUACAAGUAGUCGCGAGUUAUCUCGAAAACGACUUUUCAUUGUUAUUUCGACCGUUUUGAUUGCGGCAGUGAUACACACACGGAGUAUUGGAAAGCCGCAUUAAUCAAAAUGAAGACGCUCUUUAUAUUACUUUUCGUAAUCAAAUUAAUUUCUGCUAAGCCGACAUCCAUUAUUAUGUGGCAUGGAAUGGGUGACACAUGCUGUGUGAGCUUCAGUCUAGGUGGCAUCAAAAUAUUUUUAGAAAAACAAAUUCCCGGUGUCUAUGUCAAUUCUCUAAGGAUUGGCAAUUCCAAUGUAGAGGACUUUGAGAAUGGGUACUUUAUGAAUCCAAACAAACAAGUUGAUUAUGUGUGUCAGCAGUUGGCUUCAGACCACAAUUUGAAGGACGGAUUCAAUGCCAUCGGCUUCUCUCAAGGAAGCCAGUUUCUGCGAGCAGUAGUCCAACGUUGCGGCCACAUUCUGCCCCCGAUUAAGAACCUGAUCACUCUGGGAGGUCAACACCAAGGAGUUUACGGUCUCCCUCACUGCGGAGCUCUCAUGCAUCCCACCUGCGAUUACAUCAGACAACUGCUCAACUACGCUGCUUACGACAACUGGGUGCAAGACGCUCUAGUCCAAGCGACAUACUGGCACGAUCCUUUAGACGAGGAAGCCUACAUAAACAAGAGCAUCUUCUUAGCAGACAUCAACAAUGAGAUUCGAGUGAACAAGACGUAUGUAGAGAACUUGAAUAACUUGGAACACCUCGUACUGGUGAAAUUCGACAAUGAUACCAUCGUGCAACCGAGGGAAACUGAGUGGUUUGGUUUCUAUGAGCCCGGACAAGCUAAGAAAGUUGUACCUUUGAACAUGACCAGACUUUAUUUGGAGGAUCGCCUCGGUCUCAAGAAAAUGGAGAAAGAUGGCAAGCUGGUACUGCUAUCGACGGAAGGCGAUCACCUACGUUUCUCCGACACUUGGUUCAUCGAGACUAUCAUUAAGCCUUAUCUCCUUAAUUAGAGCUGAUUGACAAAGGUUAUUACUCUCAGUUAUAGCCAAUUAAAUUGAAUCUCAUAAACACGACUUUAUGUCUAUACCGUUAUGAAUCAAUUAAGAGUUUUAAGUGCCUGAUAUAGUUCUAUAGAACAGUCUGAUAUUUAUGUCUAUUUUUUCGUAUUAUUUCAUUUAUUAAACUCUACUUCUUUAUAUAAAACCUCGAAUAUUGUCUUAAUUAUAUUAUAUUAUACCAAAGCGAAAAAUUAAAAAUAUAAGUAAGGUAUUUAUAAUAUAAUUUGCCGUGGAACUAGUUAAGAAAAUUGUUUUUUUUUUGUUGGUUUAUAUUAUAUUGUUAGGUAUCUAUAUUUAAUUUAUGUGUUAAAAGAAUACAACACGACAGGCCAUCAGUCGAAUAUCAAUAUAAAUAUAAAAUAUUAUUAUAAUAAAAAAGAAACUACAAAUGUAACAAAUACUGCCGCAUUCAGAGCCAUUUAUUAUUGAUUACUUACAACUAUUCCUUAGUAACGAUUUUGUAUUGAAAACAAUUGCUAAAGUUUGGUAAGUAACCAUUCACUCAGAGUACGGCAGAUAGUGUUUAAAAUUUUAACACCUUUUGUACAUUGUUUAAUUCAAGUGUCAUAAAAUAUCUCGAGUUAUUUGAGUUAUAAAGAACUGAGGAGCUGCAAUGUAUGUAUUUCUAUUCUAACAUUAGCUUCACAAAUAUUAUUCAAGAAAUAAUUGCAAUCCUCCAUAGCAAAUACUUUAAUAAUUUGUUUUUAAGAAUCAAUGUGCUAAGCUUAUCUAUGAGUAAAAUAGGUACAGCAACCAGCAGAUAAACCUACUCCUUUAUAUUUAUUAGAUAUUUAACUUUAUUAUCUUGACAGAAAGUCGAAAAUCGAAUGAAAGAAAUUACAGAUUACGAGUAGGUUGAAGAGCAAACUAUAAUAUAAUACACCUUCCUUAACUACAUUAUUUAUUACACUAUUUUAUAUACCUAUGUAUUAUCAUAAGAAAAGAAUUCGUCUAAGAAUCUUGAAGCAAUAACAUUGUGAUUAGGUAUUUUUAAUAAACAAAGUUAAAAAGAAUAA